AUUAUAACGUCAUAAGAGCAAAUUGAGCGAAACGUUACAAUUCUCUUUAUUCAAUUGCGACAUUUGCUAGUGUUUGGAAGCCAAGUUCUUGAGUUUGCUAUUCAAUACGUUGUUUGCGUUCAUAUAAUUAUCAACCGUUUUUUUUCUAUUUUCCCAUAUGUCUGAAAUCAUCGAGCGGCCGGGUUUCUUCACCCGCCUUCGUACAGGAACCCAACGCGUUCUCCAGUGUAUCAUUCCAUACCUCAACCGCCCGAAACCGAAAGAUGAUGCCGCAAAACCUAAUUCAACGAUCGCAGAUUUGUCCUCAGCGGCCACAUCAGAGGAACUGGGAGAUCACUUUGACAUGAAUCCUUCUUUCAAGAAGUUACCAUUCUUUGACACCCCACAUUUUAAGUCGUCGAUUCGUUCUUGUUCGGUAAUGGAUAUAGGAAUACAUGAAAAGUAUUUGCCUGCCGUAGAGACAGUGACACGUGACGUUCGUUUCUACGAAGGGACGUCUAUAAUAGAAUUACCAACGAUUGGAGCCACACUCCAUAAUUUUUAUGGCGUCCGUGGACUGACCCCUCCAGACGACUCACCAACAAACGAUAGUGUUAGCACCGAUACUGGUCUUGGUGAUGACGAGUGUCAAUAAACAUCACUGAAAGAUGUUUGAAGCCAUUUGACUGAGAUGGGAUUUGAAUAAUAUAUAUAAAUUGCCAUAACUAUACAGCGCAAAGAAUUCCUCAGACGCUCCACCGAUUAAGAGAAUUCAACGGCAUUAAAAUUCUGUCGAAGAACACUAUAUGAAUUUUCCGGCGUUAGGUACAAGAUAUAAUAAAUCACCCACCUCAAUCUCUACCUUUUACGUUCAAGUUAAAAGAGCAAUUUCGCAAAUAUAUACAUAAACAAACAAAACAGGUGAACAACAAUAAUAAAAUAGGAAUUCAAAUGUGAAAUAU